AUGUUCGGCCAUAUUAAGCAUAUUAAGGCGAAGUUUCAUAGGCACAAAGGCAAUAAAGAGCCUGUUGCACCGAACGACAAGCCUGUUGCAACAACCGGCACACUCAACACAAAGGACCAACCCCAAGCAGCUGCGCCUGCUAAGUCCAGCCCGGCAAUUUCCUCACACCACGUGCCAAAGAAGCCUGCAGAGAAGGCCCCUGAGGCAGAAAAGCAGCCAGAUGGCUCAAAGGAUCUAUGGGUAGAGGCGCUCAAUUCCCUGGACAAACCGAAGCAGGACAUAUUAAAGAAGAUGGGAUUCAAUACUUCAUCAGUCCAGUCAGGGUCUACAAAGUCCAGCAUUGACGACCUGAUUGGCGUGGUAAAAACGAAGCAGGAAGAGUGUGAGAAAAAUUUUUGGAAGGUGAAAGUUGGGAAUGAGAACAUCCUUCUACGCGAUUAUACGAGCAGUAUCGUCGAUUGGUUGGGCACAGCCGGUGAUAUUGCAGUUCAAUUUGCCCCUCCACAAGCUGCUAUUCCUUGGGCAGUUAUCAAAUCUGCUAUGCAAAUUCCUGUCAUCGAAGGCGAACAAAUGGCCGCUCUCCUUACGACUACCGAGAAGAUCGUCAGUGUUAUCAGCCGUGGUCAGGUUUACGAGAACGUCUACCUCAAGAACCAAACGGUCGCGGACGACCUAUCCAAAAAUCUUCAGUCUGCGUUGACCCGAAUCUAUUCGACCUCCCUAGAUCUCCUUGCCGACUCAGGAGGUCUGUUUUCUAAGAAAACAGCUUCCCGCACACUGCAUGCGAUUUUGAACCCCGGCAAGGCGUCUGGUGGAAUCUCGUCCAUUAACAGCCAAGAGGACGAUCUUAUGCGAGAUGUCUCGGCUUGUGAGGUCAGACGUAGUGCAAACGCGGAUGACAGUAUGAUUGAAAUGCUCAACGCAUUAAAUGCUCCAAUGAAACAAGUGGACGAGGGAAUCCAACAUCUACUUACGAAGAUGAAAGCAAAGGAGCGUAUUCAAAUGCUGGAAUGGAUAUCCGCCAUUCCAUUUGGCAAGAAUCACAACAACGUCAAGGGAAGACGUACCCCUGAUACGGGAAAAUGGCUCUUAGAGCAUGAUGAUUUCAGAAACUGGGAUCAGGGAGAAUCAUCUAUCUUCUGGCUUCAAGGGUCUCUCGGUACUGGAAAGACGUAUCUCACAUCGACCGUCAUCGACUUUGUACAUGAUCGUUUGAAAGAAAACCCCAGAGAUGAAGGAUUCGCUUUUUUUUAUUGUGACAAGAACGAACCGCAGCGAUCGGACCCUCUGUCGGCUCUUCAAAGUAUUGUUCGCCAGCUUUCAACUACGAUGAAAAACCCAGACGCAGUACAACACAAGCUGGAGGCACUUUAUAUCAAAUGUCGUGAAAAGACUACGAUUAUCAUUGACGCGAUGGACGAGUGUGACCCCGAAUCGCGUGAUAAGUUGAUCGAUGCACUGAAGCUAUUUGUCUCUAACUCGCCGACGAAGCAUAUCAAAAUCUUCAUCUCAAGUCGACCGGAUCCCGAAAUUCAGAAUCUUUUGGAGAAGACGCCUAAUGUUGGCAUUGACGCCAGUGACAACAAGGAGGACAUCAGAAAGUAUCUUUCCGAGGAACUAGAAAAGCGCGCUAGAAAGGAACCAUCUUUCGGACCCCUCAAGGAAAGGGUUAUUGAAACUCUGCUUGGGCGCUGCCAGGGAAUGUUCCAAUGGGCUGCGCUGCAGAUUCACCAAAUUCAGAGGUGUAAAAGCGAGGCUAGCGUGUGGAAACGACUUGAGAACCUCCCCGACGGUCUACAGAAAGCGUAUGAUGAGGUAUGGGGCCAGAUUGAAAACUUGGAGGAUUGUGAUAAACUGAUCGUCAGUCGCGCCAUCAUGUGGGUUAUGGCUGCAAAAACUCCUCUACUCUCUGGUCAACUCCUCUGUGCUGUACGUAUCAACGUGACGGGGGACGAACCUGCCCUGGCUGGCGAAAUUGAUGAACAGGGGCUGCUCUGGCUCUGUAAUAAUCUCCUUACACUUGACUCUCAACAGAAGGUGUGGCGCUUUGCUCACUUAUCUGUCCGCGAAUAUCUUGAAACCAAGAUGAAUUGGCACUUGCCGCAGGUCAACCUCCACGUUGCCAGUGCUUGUCUAUCAUUGUUUAUCAAUACAUACGACAAGGAGGAGGAGGGAAUCAAAUUGAUGGAGUGGGAGAAAGACCCAGAACCGACUGAUAUUUACUACCCUAUGCAUCAUCUUCAGCUCUACAUCAGACACUACUGGGCAAAGCACGUACAAGUGGCAUGUGAUGAGGAGGGCAAGUUGUCGAUGCUUCUGAAAAGAUUCCUCGGGUCUCCGGAAGAAAGCAGCAAGGAGUACCAGAAAUGGGUAUCGUUGAUCAGAAAGGAUGCUUUCGACAUAUUAAAGAUCACAGACUUCUCCGUGUGGGAAAUUGAUGCCGAUUACUCGUACCUUAUAGCGAGCGGUUUCACUACCGAAAAGGGCCUCGACACAAAUGACUUGAAUCAAGCCAGACGGCCCCUCGCUCCAGAUCAGUGGUGGAACCAUACACAUUGGAGCCGCGUAGAUAGGGCUUGGAUGGAAGAGGAGUACCAACGGGCACAAAAUCCAACUGUGAAUGAAUUCGACAGUGAGCUAUUACCAGCAAAUUCUGCUGUUUUUGCGAUGUGUCACUUCUCGUUCGGGACAAUCCUAGCCGACUGGUGGGAAAAAAUGGAGUUUGAUCCAUUUUGUGUGAAUGAAAGAGGACACAAUCUUCUCACGCUUGCUGCUCGGGUCGGAUGUACUGAAAUCUGCAGGGCGCUCGUCGAGAAGGGAACAGACAUCAACCUCCAGGUCGGAAGCUCACGUUGGGCAACGUAUGGUAGUGCUCUUAUUGCAGCUGCACACCGUGGUCAUACAGAUACGGUUCGGUACCUCGUGGAGAGCGGCGCCGAUGUGAAUAUGAAAGCGCAAAAUGGAGAAUAUGCCACCGCGCUCAUCGCUGCUCUUUCCAGUCAAAGCAUUGACAUCGCUCGAUACCUGGUUCAGAAUGCAAACGCAGACGUGAACAUCAGUCAGAUUCUUCCCGCGAAAGAAAGCACGAAAUGGGGUAUCGGCGAGCCCAUCGUACUUCUGACACCGGUCGGGCUGUCAGCAAAUGUCAAUGGCACCGACCUGCUGAAGAUGAUUGUCGAUGCUGGGGCCAAUGUCAAUAUUCAAGCACAAUCUGGGAACCCACUUUGUGUCGCUCUUGGUGCUGGUAAUGUCGAGGCUGUCAAGUACCUUAUCCAGGAAGCCAAAGCUGAUGUGAACCUGCCGAUCUCGAACGCAUCAUUUUGCACGAUUCUCGAGCAAGCCGUAUCUGUCAACAGAGACCUUGAUAUUGUCAAAUGGUUGGUGGAGGCAGGCGCGAACGUCAAUCCAUCCGAAUUUGGCACUCGUGGUCCUCCUCUUUUCACAGCUGCAGCUGCAGAAAGCAGCCCUCAAAGUAAACCUGAUCUUCUUUGCUACCUUAUUAAUGCAGGAGCGGACAUUGAAAGAGGUGAUGGCGAGAGAAGUCCUGUCAUUUUCGCAUGGGAUCACAGGAAAAUACAGGCUGUGGAAUGCCUGGUUGAAGCAGGAGCAAAAUUCGACGCCCAAGACGCCCUCGAAAGGGCUGUUGACAGUGAUUUCCUUGCUGGUGCCAGGUACCUAAUCAAUGAGACCCCUGACAGGAAGCAACUAGUUCUUAAUGGGACUGGUGGUGAUUUGCUUCAGGUAGCAGCAACACGUUCUCUCUCCCUCGUUGAGUUGCUGGUAAAAUCUGGCGCAAAUAUAAACGUCGAUUCGGAAGUCGGCGAUUAUGGUAGCCCUCUAAUAGCAGCAUCUGGGCCGAGAGGUGAUAUUGAGACAGUGGAAUGGCUGAUUGAAGCAGGUGCCAACGUGAACAUGUUGGUGCAGCAUGGAGACUAUGAAUGUCCUCUUGCCGCAGUGAUCAUGGGUUCGGGGAGACUUAAAGUUGUCAAGGCCCUAGUGAAUGCAGGCGCGGACGUAAAUCAAUCUCUACAGCGUGCUGAAUAUCCAACUCUUCUAGCUGCAGCCGCGGGUGAAGAGCAGAUUAACAUUUUGCGAUGCCUCUUGGAUGCCGGGGCUACUGUGGAUCCGUCUCUUGUGCAAGGAGAAUAUCGCGAGGCGCUAGAAGCGGCAAAAGAGCUGCACGACUCAGAUGACGGCUAUGUUGACUCGGAGAACGACAUCGGUUUCGGGCUUUUUAUGUAG